UUUAGAUUUAUCUCAAAAUGGAAGAAUUCAGUUGGGAGAAUUACAACUUGGACGAUAUCUUAGAAGAAUUAUAUAAUAAUUACAGUUAUGGCACUGGCCUGCCCUCUAUCCUACCAGAUUCUGCCCCGUGCCGGCCAGAAUCCCUGGAAAUCAACAAUUAUGUUGUGGUUGUCAUCUACAUUCUGGUGUUCCUGCUGAGCUUGCUGGGAAACUCCCUGGUGAUGCUGGUCGUCUUGUACAGUCGGAGCACCUGCUCUGUCACCGACGUCUACCUGCUGAACCUGGCCAUGGCCGAUCUGCUCUUUGCCCUGACCUUGCCUAUCUGGGCAGCCUCCAAAGUGAAGGGCUGGGUUUUUGGCACAGGCCUGUGCAAGGUGGUCUCAUUCCUGAAGGAAGUCAACUUCUACAGUGGUAUCCUGCUCCUGGCCUGCAUCAGCUUGGACCGCUACCUGGCCAUCGUCCACGCCACACGCACACUGAUCCAGAAACGGCACUUGGUCAAGUUUGUAUGCUUAAGCAUGUGGAUACUGUCUAUGAUUCUGUCCCUGCCCAUUUUAAUUUUCCGUAAGGCUGUCUACCCACCCAAUUUCAGCCCCGUGUGCUACGAAGACAUGGGUAACAGUACAACAACAUGGCGGAUGGUGUUGCGGAUCCUGCCCCAGACCUUUGGCUUUGUCAUACCACUGCUCGUCAUGCUGUUCUGCUAUGGCUUCACCCUGCGCACCCUGUUUAAGGCCCACAUGGGGCAGAAACACCGGGCCAUGAGGGUCAUCUUUGCUGUUGUGCUGGUCUUCCUGCUCUGCUGGCUGCCUUACAACCUGGUCUUGGUCGCAGACACCCUCAUGAGGACCCACUUAAUUGAGGAGACCUGUGAGCGCCGCAAUGACAUUGACCAGGCCCUGGAUGCUACAGAGAUUUUGGGUUUCCUCCACAGCUGCCUCAACCCCCUCAUCUAUGCCUUCAUUGGCCAAAAGUUUCGCCACGGACUCCUUAAGAUCAUGGCUACCCAUGGCCUGGUCAGCAAGAAGUACUUGGCCAAGGAAGGCAAACCUUCCUUUGUUGGCUCUUCUUCAGGGAACACUUCCACCACCCUCUAAGACUGCCUGCCUAAGUUGCAACCCUGGGGGUCCCACCUUUCCCUUCAGUAUGACAGAUAUCUAAGCUGCACGUGGUGAUAUCCACAUCCGUGCAGCCCCUCCGUUGUGGUGACAGGAAGAGCAUGGCUUAGAAAUCCUGUCCUGGUAUUUCACUCCUCUCCAUAAUUACAUGCCAACUGUUAGAGCUGAUCCAUCCUACAGCUGGACCCAACACACUGUCUUCUAAGAAGCACAAGUCAAAACUGCAGUGAGAUACUACACAGCACCCAUUGAGGAUGUCCAUUAUCAAGGAAAAAAGCACAAGACAAAUUAGCAAGUGUCACCGAGGAUAUAGAGGAACUGGAAGUUUCACACACUUCGGGUGAGAAUAUAAGAUGGCAUGCCACUCUGGAAAGCAGCCUGGCAAUUUUCCAUAAAACAUUAAACAUAGAAUUACCACAUGAUCCAGAAAUCCCCUUUCUAGGUAUGUACCCAAAAGAAUCCAAAGCAGGGGCUUGAACAGAUAUUGGUGCACUGAUGUUCACAGCAGCAUUAUUCACAAGAGUCAAAAAGUGAAAAUAACCCUGAGGCUCAUCAACAAAUGAAUGGAUCAACAAAAUGUGAAACAUACAUACCAUGGAAGAUCACUUGGUAAUUAAAAUAAAUGGCGGACUCAUACAUGUUCCAGCGUGGAUAAGCCUUGAAAACGUUAUGCUAAGGGAAAUAAGCAAGAUACAAAAAGGGACAAAUAUUUUGAUUCUUCUUAUAUGAAAUACCCAGAAUAGUCAAAUUCACAGAGACAGAAAGUAGAAUCGUGGUUACCAGGGGGGGGAACAGAGGGGAUUUAUUGUUUAAUAGGUCAGAGUUUCAGUUUGGGAUGGUGAAAAAAUUCGAAGAUGGACAGUAGUGAUAGCUGAACCAUAAUGUGAAAGUAAUUCAUUCUGCUAAGCUAUGCAUUAAAAAUGGUUAAAAUGGGGGUUGGGAGUGUAGCUCAUGGGUACAGUGCUUGCCUAGCAUGCAUGAAGCCCUAGGUUUUAUCCCAACACCUGAAAAAAAAAUGUUAAAAUGGUAAAUUUUACCUCAAUUAAAAAAAAUGCUGAGCCCAAAAGGCACUUUAACCACUGAACCAAUGAUGGAAUUAUCUACCUGUAAUUUCUUGUAA